AUGGGAGGGCCUUGCCCUAGGGAAGCCGCCUUGUUGAUCACGGGAGCUCUCUCAAACCUGAUAACGACUUUGGGGCACGACAUAUUACUGAAUUUUCCAAAAAUAGUGAAAGAAAAUGCUUGGUGCCUAAAAUCAGGUGGAGAGGAAACUUUCGCAAGGAUAGCGAAAUCAUGUGGUUACAUAAAGAUUCUUCAUAUUUCAGCAUAUGUUAUCAUUUUCGUGUGUGUAUUUUCCAUAUGUCCAUUAUCUGAACACGAUAAAAUAUGGCAAGGUGCUUUAAGUUUGAUAGACGAAUAUAUUUCGAAUAGUUCGAAGCCUUUAUUCACCAUACUGUACUAUAUAUCAUUCACGUCUAGUGUUUAUUCAUUCAUCCAUCAUAUUCUAAAUCAUUAUGUUAUUAGCUUAGUUAAAAUGUCUAUGCAAAAUAGUGAUAAGGUCGGAUAUCAAGAAGAAAUCUACAGGCAAAUCAUCAUACUUGUACGGAUUAAAGAACGUACAAGAAAGUUCUGUAAUAUGAUGUUGGUAUAUGCAGACUAUGCAGCAAUUCCGCUAACAUUUAUCGCAAUUGAGCUACUUGUCUGUGUUGCAGCAUUCAUAAUAUUUGAAGUUCGUCCUGAAAGCAACAUUAGAUUAUCCUUGUCAUUUGCUCCAGUGGUCAUAUUCGCCGUGAAUUUAUGUUCGAACGGACAACGUGCGAAGGAUGAGUCAGAAAACGUUUACAACAAUGCUUUGAAGUGUGGAUGGUACAACUGGAAUACGAGAAAUCGACGAGCAUACCUCAUGUUCCUCAUCAGCAACAUGAAACCAGUGAGAUUCUCAAGAUCAGGCGUUUAUGAUGUUGAUUACCCGCUAUUUGUGUUUGUGAGUAUCACCACUGAUCUAAGUACCUAUGUGAAUGAUAUGGAGAACUGGUUACACCUUGUUCACUCUUUUCAUCAAUAUGAGUGGAAGGAGAAAGAAGUUCUAGGAGAAGCACGUAGAGAUUAACUAAUUCUGGUAUUGAUAUAGAAUACC